UCUCACCUGAUGACAUACACACAGGUGGUAGUCAUGUAUACGCAUGAAGUCUUGUUAUGAUCUGACUGCUUGAAUCAGACGAAAACCUCAGUGUAAAGAAUUUGACAGAUUAAAAAACAUGGAGCCUAAAAAAACCAGAGUGGGUGAAUUGAAAGAUGGAAGCAGGAAAAAGGGAAAUUGGUUGGAUGGACAGAAGACAGGGAUGAAUGAUGACAUUUAUGAACUAAAACUGAAAAUAAGGAUGGGAAUCGGCAGGACUGGAAACACGGGUGGUAAGAAAGAAAGCGGAACAGAAAAGCAAGGUUUUGGGGACAGUUCAAAACCAGGAUUUGGGCACCGUUCUAGGGUUUUUUUGCCUGAAAAAGCGCAGCCUGCUUCCAGCACCAGCUCCGGUGAAAUAUCAGUAAGUGACUACUUAGUACUUCUAAAGACACUUCAAAUUAACUUGCCCAAUGGUGUCCUGAACCCUAAAGUCAUCAGGCUCUCACAGAAUGCAGGAAUCGUUCAGAAAGCCCAGGGUAUUGUAAAAGAACUGGAAAACUUAAAGCUUCAGUUUAACAGCAUUCCACGUCUUGGCUGCCGGGAACUUAAGAACUCACUCUCAUUGAAAGACAAUGGAAAAAUUCUUGAACUCACAAUGAUGAUUUUCUUCGAAAAAAGAGACGAUUCAGUGGAAGCUCUUAGAGCGCAGUGGAGAAAGAACGUAGCAAACACAACCUGUGGAUUCAGGUUCAGAGACAGAUACCAGACAAACACCAUCUCCACACCUGCUAUGUAUGCUACAACACAAACAAGGAGCUGGAGACAUUUAGAAGUUGGAGAUAAUCUUCCAAAUAUUUCUGCGGGUGUGACAGUGAAUGUCCGUGACAUUGAGAACAAAGACUAUGCUGAUGAGUCAGCUCUCUGGAUAACCUCUUCUCCACAAAGGUUCGGCAAAUAUUUCCAAAACCCAGGAGAUGAACGUGAAUGUCUUAAGUUCUAUCACGAGCUGCGAGAAACUGGUACAAACAGGAGAGUGAGGUACACCAAAGGUAACAAAGUAGACUUUGGAUUCCUCUCUGGAAGGCUGGACUUCUUAGCAGAAAUAAAAGGGGAAAAAAGUGAAAAGAUAGUGAUUGAGUGUAAAGGAACCACUGGAGAUAUGGUGGGCAAAGUCUUCACUAAACCAAAAAAUGGUGGUCGUCAUGCACAACUGAAUGAAACACAUGAAUACUACUAUCAAGUCCAGGCCUAUAUGUACAUCUUAAACAGGGCAGCAAAACAAACACAAGGCUUCACCUCUGACAGGGCCGUUAUGGUGAUUAGACACUAUCACAAGAAUGGACAAGAACCUAGAGAUUUCUACUGGAAUUAUCUGAGAAAGAAUGAAGCAAUACAGCAGAAAAUUGAUGAACUGCGUGUUUUCUGUGAAGAAGAGGUUCUGGCCUGUUUCCUGGCUGUUCUCAAUCUGAUCUUCCAAAAGGACACAAAGUGAAGCUCUAGAACUUAAGAAGAAGUUCUAGGAGUUAUGUAGCAAUUGUGACCACAAAAUCAGUUAUAAGUAGCACAGGUAUAUUUGUAGCAAUUAUCAACAAUACAUUGUAUGGGUCAAAAUUAUUGAUUUUUCUUUUUAUGGCAAAAAUCGUUAGGAUAUUAAGUAAACAUCACGUUCCAUGAAGACAUUUUGCAAAUGUACUACCAUAAAUAUAUAAAAACGUAAUUUUUGAUUAGUAAUAUGCAUUACUAAGAACUUCAUUUGGACAACUUUAAAGGUGAUUUUUUUGCAACCUCAGAUUCCAGAUUUUCAAAUAGCUGUAUCUCAGACAAAUAUUGUCCUAUCCUAACCAUACAUCAAUGGAAAGCUUAUUUAUUCAGCUUUCAGGUGAUGUAUAAAUCUCAAUUUCAAAAAAUUAUGACUGGUUUUGUGGUCCAGGGUCAUAAAUGAUUACUAUUUUUACUAUUAUAAUUAUUAUUAUUAUUUAAUGUGAUCUUAAGGAUAGUCUGUUCAGUAGCAAUAACUAUUUAUUCCUUCUUCAAAUCUCAAAUUUGAAACCAACAAUUAGAGAACUCAUAUUUCACAUACAAUGUGUAUGUGAAAACAUGCUGUUGCUAAAAUAGAAUAUUAUUAGAAUAAGGAACUAUAAAAAUACAUAGUUCUGGUUUUAUUUCUCCAUAGGUCAGUUGUUCACACACCAGUCAGAGUUCAUAUAGUUUUGAAUACAUAAUACCAUUCUGACAAAAGAAUGUCCAAAACAUUUUUCUGAUGAUUAUUGCUGAUAAUAAUGUCAAGCUAUUAUGUUUCUAAGCAAAAUGGAGCUGAUUUUCCAAUUAAAACACUCUAUGCUUACACUAAAGAAAGUGGACAACACUCAGAAUGCCUAGACACACUGUGGCAAACAGUACUAUGACAGAUUUCAAGAUCAUUAACAACUGGAACUUAAAAUUUAGCAAAAUGUCAAAUGAUCAUUAAACAACAAGCACAACAUAUGCAAAAUUGGCAGCCCGAAUUCGCUCACUCGAUUUCAUUCACCCCUUCAAGUGGAUUAUGUUCAUGGACUGAUAUACAAAUCAGUCAAUGAGAAAAUGGGGUAAUUUUCGCAUAGCAACUGUCGACGGCCCAGCAGGCACACAAACUCAUAAAACGUUGAUAUUUGCUUAAAUUUCGGUUGCGACAUCAGGUGACCAAAAUACAAUGUCAAUUCAACAUUGUUAAUUGUUAAUUUGAUGUCCAGUACCGACAAUAAUAUUUUGUUAUUUUUAGGUUGUGUAACCAAAAUCCAACGUUAAGUCAACAGCAAAUUGACGUCAACGAUUGAAAUCAGCCAAAAUGCAACGUCUAUCCGAUGUUGGGGUCCAAAGUCAACCUGACAUUAUAUUGACACCCAGUGCCUGCUGGGAGUGGACUCGUAAAUCUGAAUGUUUCAAAUCCAUUUGUCCUGUUGCCAGGAGUAG